GCGGGCCGCACGGCAUGAUGCUCCGAGGCCCCCGCCGCUGCCUCAGGGUCUCGAUAGCACCCGCCGCGGCCCUGGCUGUGGCGGUGCUCUCGUCACUCUCGCGCUGCUCCCUCCUGGAGCCGGAGGACCGCGUGGUCUCGGCGCUCAGCCCCUACUUCGGCACCAAGACUCGCUACGAGGAUGUCAACCCUGGUCUGCCGCCGGACCCCGAGGCGCCGCGGCGGGACCCGGAGCUGCUGGAGGAGACCUGCACCCCGGUGCAGCUGGUCGCCCUCAUCCGCCACGGCACUCGCUACCCUACGGCCAAACAGAUCCGCAAGCUGCGACAGCUGCACGGGUUGCUGCAGGCCGGCGGGCCCGGGGAUGACAGCACCCGCGCUGCCGGCGGCCGCGACCUGAGCGCCGCGCUGGCCAGCUGGCCUCUGUGGUACGCGGACUGGAUGGACGGGCAGCUGGUGGAGAAGGGGCGACAGGACAUGCGACAGCUGGCGCUGCGCCUGGCCUCCCUUUUCCCGGCGCUCUUCAGCCUCGAGAACUACGGCCGCCUGCAGCUCAUCACCAGCUCCAAGCAUCGCUGCGUGGACAGCGGCGCCGCCUUCCUGCAAGGGCUGUGGCAGCACUACCACCCUGGGUUGCCGCCACCGGACGUCGCAGACAUGGAGUGUGGACCUCCAAGAGUUAAUGAUAAACUAAUGAGGUUCUUUGAUCAUUGUGAGAAGUUUUUAACUGAAGUGGAAAGGAAUACUACCGCUCUUUAUCAUGUAGAAGCCUUCAAAACUGGACCAGAAAUGCAGAACAUUUUAAAAAAAGUUGCAGCUGCUUUGCAAGUGCCAGUCAACAAUUUAAAUGCAGAUUUAAUUCAGGUGGCUUUUUUCACCUGUUCAUUUGACCUGGCAAUUAAAGGUGUUAAAUCUCCUUGGUGUGAUGUUUUUGACAUAGAUGAUGCAAAGGUAUUAGAAUAUUUAAAUGAUCUGAAACAAUAUUGGAAAAGAGGAUAUGGGUAUACGAUUAAUAGUCGAUCCAGCUGCACCCUGUUUCAGGAUAUCUUUCAGCACUUGGACAAGGCAGUUGAACAGAAACAAAGGUCUCAGCCAAUUUCCUCUCCAGUCAUCCUUCAGUUUGGUCAUGCAGAGACCCUUCUUCCACUGCUUUCUCUCAUGGGCUACUUCAAAGACAAGGAGCCCCUAACAGCUUACAAUUACAAGGAACAAAUGCAUCGGAAGUUCCGAAGUGGUCACAUUGUACCCUAUGCCUCAAACCUAAUAUUCGUGCUUUACCAUUGUAAAAAUGCCAAGAAUCCUAAAGAAGAAUUCCGAGUGCAGAUGUUAUUGAAUGAAAAGGUGUUACCAUUGGCACACUCACAAGAAACUGUUUCUGUGUAUGAAGAUCUGAAGAACCAUUACAAGGACAUCCUUCAGAGUUGUCAUACCAGUGAAGAAUGUGAAUUACCAAAGGUGAACAACACAUCUGAUGAGCUAUGAGUAACUGGAGAACAUUUUUAAUUCAUCCAGAAUCUAUAGGGAGGGAUUACAUGCUUGGAAUAGGUGGGCAAUCCCUGGUUACUGGUUACUGAAAGCUUUCACAUUACUUGGGUAUUUCUGUCUUUUCACAGAAAAACAUUGAGUUUCUUUUUGAGUCUGGACAUUGAUGUAUAAGAAAAGAUUCUUCACUGGAGCAGCUCUCUUAAGGGGAAAAAUAUUUAUUCACAGAAAUAGCUGGCACUGCAAAUGUUUGCAGAAAUUAAAUUCUUCCUAUUUAUAUAAGAAAUCUCACACUGAGAUAGAAUAUGAUUUCAAAGUGAUACUUGAAGGUGCUGGAGUAACAAAAUAUUAUGUCAGUUGGACGAUCCAUAGCUUGAUUGAACUAAGUCUAGGAACUUUACCAGUUGUGCUGCAGUUCUCUCUUUUUUCCUCAGGUAGCAUAGUGCUAGUUUUGUCUUUUUUAGUCAGAAAUAUUAUGAUAGACUAGGAGUAUCACUUUGGAAGAAAGCUAACAUCUUUCUAGUUGAGAAUUUGAAACAACGUUAAGAAACGAGUCUGAUUAAAAGGACACCUUCAUGGAAGGAAGACAAAAAGUAUAAUAAAAUAAAUAUUUUUGUUAAUAGUAUUUAUAAAGUAUUUGAACACUUGUUCAAUAAUUUCUUUUAACUUCCUAGUAAGCCUUGCAAGGUCAUUCUUUAAUUAUUAUCAUAUCUGUUUUACAUAUAUAACAAUAGAGGACAAAGAGGACCAUUAGCAACAAGUCAGAUGGAUAGAAUCAAAGUUUCUUAAAUCCAUUGCUUAGCAAUUUUUUCCAUUCUGUCACUUUGCUUCUAUUUUUAUAUUUUGCUAUUAUGUGAAAUGUGUCUUUUGGUUGUUCAAUUUUUUUCUUUUUUUUUUUUUUUUAAAUAAAGGCUUUAUCCUGGCUGGCUUAGUUUCACAGAUAUGAACCCAUUUCAGAGUUCUGUCAAAUGCUUUGAAAGUGUUUGCUGUAAUAAUAAACAGAAUUCUUGUGACUUUGAUACCAGGUCUUUUCUGCUUUCUGUGUUGAUAUACAAUCAGUAAUCUAUGGUAAAAAGUUGGAAUUUCAAGCAGCUUUGACUAAAUCAGUCAAUAUAAGGCAGUUUUCUUCUAAUAGAAAUUGCCUCAAAUAAAUUUUCACUUCUUAAAGAAGAAUGGAAAUCUAUUUUAUUAAAAAUCUAAAUAAGAAGUAUCACAAUUAUAUAUUGAAAUUAUAAAAGAAGAUGCAUAGAUCAUUGAUCUUCAAAUGAUUGAUGUUCAUAAAAUAGAUGAUUAGCUGGUAAAUACUGCUGAUGCCUCAAUACACUGGUGAUUGUUCCUGCAAAGGUCUGGUAUUAUCUUUUUCUUUUUUGAAUUUGUAAAUAAGCUGACAAGAAGAGAAUAAUAUAAUGAGCAUUCAUGCCCAUCACCCUGUUUUAUCAAAAUUAACAUUGUAACAUUUGGUUUCCAUCCAAAUAAGAACAAUUGAGGACUUCUGUAUGCCUCCCUGAUGCUGUUGUUGCCCUCACUCCCUGCCUAGAGGUAACCACCAACAUAAAAUUCAGUAUUCUGCAUUUCAUUGCAUGCUUGACUCUGGAAACUUGUAGUUUUGCUGUGGGAAUUUUAAAAUUUUCUAUAAAAAGACUUAUACUGUGCA